AUGAAAGUGAGUGAAUUCGACGAACUCAAAGAUGGUCCCAAAUUUGGUAAUAGCAGUGAUUGUAGUGAUAAGAUAACAUGCGAGAGGCUUGAGAGUGAUUGUCUGAAAUCAACAACGUUUUACUCUGCUGGAUGGGUGUUUAAAAAUUCAGAAUAUCUAUACUUUUUUAUGCCCGUUGGGUAUCCAAAUUAUUAUUACAUUGCCAGACAGAGUGUAUCCCCAUACAAGCUUAUGAUUAAAGGGCUAGAAUUCCGCUUCAUUUCAGAUGAGGAUGUAUUUUAUUUUUCCGAUUCAGAGUGCUACAAGAAGGAAAAACAUCUCAAAGCCGUAAAGUGGGAGAUUGUGGACAAUAAUUACAACAACAACACCAACGAUAAAAACUUCACCCAUCUCUUCACUUUCCAUAUUAUGCCAAUAAAAGCGAUGCGAGAAAGUAUGCAGAAUUUUUGGGCAAGUUGUAAGAACAAUGGGACGAAACCAGGAUGUGAUAAGGACGCAACAUUGUUGAAAUGUGACAAGAUGUUCAUUCGAUUUGACAAAGACCACUUCAGAAUUCUUGUUCCGGAUGUUCCUACGAUAGAAAAAGGCAAUUCAACAGAUGGCAACGAAACUUUGGAUGUCUCAACAACACAAUCUCUAAAAAUCAUCACUACAGAAGAGGUAGACACUACUAGUGAUGAUGUAGAAGUUACGAGGAUUCCAACUGCUACAGAGUCUUCAGGAAUGUCUAAAAUUAUCAUUGUUGUGAUUAUUUGUGGCAUUGUAGUUUUGUGUUUGACAAGUUUUGUUUGCGUUCUGAUUUGUAUUCUGUUUCGAGGAGAAAAAGAAGAAGAAAAAGAAAGUGAAGACACUAAAUACAGUCAAGGCACUAAUAUACGUUCAACUCAAUCAACUACAAAUAAACCUACAAAGGACUCCAAUGUUGACGUUGAAAUGCCUUCCCAUGUAUCUGGAAAGGAACAGAAAGGAGAAGAAAAAUCCUUUAAUGAUGCUUCUACAGUCGUCGAAACUCAAUAUCAAGACUUUAACGAUGUUAACUCUGUUGUGGCUACACAAAUGGAAACGGAAGAAGCUUCUGACCUCAAAACUUGUAUUGCACUUCCUGAUACUUUUUCUGACACAAAAACUUGUAUUGAAGUAAAGCACAACAACGAUUUUUCUGUAAAAUCUGACAAGACUGUUCCUGAUGCUUUGAUUAGCAAAAAUACUGUUCAUGAGGACCCCGUUGGGAAAGAAGAUCCGCUUAUUCAUAAUACACAAUCUGACGUUGAAAUUACUGAUAGCGUUAAUGAGGGUAAUAAAGAAGUGGAAGAAUAA